AUGCACCGACAUAAUCAGAUACUUACUACAAUAGCCGACAUUUUGGAUGAAAUAAUUAAACAAACUGAUGCUCUAGAAAUAGAGUAAGAUUAAAUAUCCUAUUUCCAUGCAACAAAAGCACCAUCAAUAUCAAUAUACAAUUACUUAUAAAGAAUAUCAAAAUACACCAAUUGUAGUGAAGGAUGUAUUGUAAUCGCAUUAAUUUAUUUGGACAGGUUGUAAGAAAAACAUCCUUACUUUGUACUCAAUUCAAAAUGCAUACAUAGGUAUCCUUUUUAAUUUAUCAGAUUUCUGCUGAUUUCUAUUGUGAUAGCUAUAAAGUUUUAGGAUGAUGAAUAUUAUAAAAAUGAAUAUUAUGCAAAAGUCGGAGGAGUUAGCACAAAAGAGAUUUUAGUUCUUGAAUUAGAAUUUUUAGAAUUAAUGGAUCAUUAAUUGUUCAUUUCGGAUCAUGACUAUUUGAUGUACGAAAAGAAAUUACUGUAGUAUGGAGAAAUAGAAAUGCCCUGA